AUGGUGGCCUUGCUCUCUAUCGCGACGCUGCUCCUUCCCCUGGCCGCGGUUUCGGCGACUCCCGUGCCCGGCGGCGCGGAUCACGCGGCCUCCACUGCAUCCUCAUCCGGACCCAAAGUCACUCCUGGCUAUGACGCCUUCGCCAAAGCACACAAGAAGGUUACUGCGACUCUGAAUGCCGACAGCAGGAACAUCAAGGUCCAUGGAGUGACGGCUUCCGGUGUCGACGCCUACCUUGGCAUCCCCUUCGCUGCCCCGCGUACGUCCCAUGCCGGACCUUCACUAACUUCAGCCGUCAAUGAGCUUCGAUGGAAGCGUCCUCAGCCGUACAAGUACCGCGGCACGAUCAAUGCGAAGAAGCAGCCCGUCGGAUGCCCCCAGCUGCCCGGUGACCCUGCUUUCGGCGGCCUCGCAGCAGCUCGCUACGGCACGUCCGAGGACUGCCUGACGCUGAGCGUACUCGUUCCGGAGGGCACGAAGCCUGGCGCCAAGCUCCCCGUUAUGGUGUACGUCUACGGAGGUGGCUUCGCCGAGGGCACGGGCGCUACGUUCAACUCGCCCCUGCUCGUGGACGCGGGCACCAAGGCCCCGGUCAUCCUCGUCAACUUCAACUACCGCCUUGGCAUGCUUGGUUUCCCGUACGGGCGAGACGCGGAGGCGAACAACGCAGCCAACCUUGGUUUGCACGACAUGAUCGCUGCCUUCAAGUGGGUUAAGGAGCACAUCGGUUCCUUUGGAGGAGACCCCGAGCGUGUGACUGCGUUCGGAGACAGCGCCGGCGCCGUGGCCAUCAGCCACCUCAUGCUCGACGAAGACCAGGACCUCUUCUCUGCCGCGGUUCUCAUGUCCGGCGCUCCGACUACGCUUGGCGUUCCGCCCACCAAUUCCAAUGAUGAGGGUUACGACAAGAUUCUCGCCGCCGCUGGUUGCAAGGAUUGGGACUGCCUCCGCAAGGUACCUGCAGACAAGCUGCUGAACCUCUCAGCGCCAACCGGCGGCUUUGGGCCGACGCAGGACGGAGAGCUCAUCAAGGGAUUCCCCUACGAGCUUGUUCGUGACGGCAAGUUUUCCCAGAUCCCCUUCAUGACCGGCAACGAACGCGACGAGGCGACGCUCUUCCUCCCCUUCGGUACCACUAUGACCGACCUCCGCAGCGCACUCACGGGGACACCCCUCUCGGACGACAUCUGGGACAGGAUCACCUCUGCCUAUCCCGCCGAUGGCACGUACUACCCGCAAGGCAUCGAGAACGCGACCCUGCCAAGCGGACAGCCUGUCAACGUUUCAGCUGACUGGACCCGCGCGGUGACCAUCAUGGAGGACAAGAUGUUCCAGUCGGGCCGCCGGUGGCUUAUCGAGCACGCCAAGAACAAGGACACGACGUACACCUACGAAUCGCUUGCGCGGUACCAGCAGUUCUUCUCGCCCGUCUAUGGAGCCGGACACGGCAUGGAUCUCUUCUUCUUGUUCGGGUGGGUUGGCGCCGACCCGAGCAGCAGCGAGGAGGAUGUGGAGCUCGGUAAACAGUACAUGAACUACUGUCCGAACCGCCCGGACUCCGAAGGACCGCAGCUCCCGCACUGGGCACCGUAUAGCCAGGAAAAGGCGAGCCAGCUCCUCGCGCCUGGCAACACAACUCAGAUCACGGACACCUUCCGCCCGCAGAUGAGCCUUUUCACUGAGCCCGAUGUGGCUAAGGUCAUGGGCUUCUACUAA